CAGUGUGCGUCCACUCCAGCUAUACGUCUUUUUACCUCACUUCUACUUCACUUCACCAAAAUUAAAAAAACAAAAAAACUCGCACCUUACCUACUACUCCGAUCAAAUCAAAUCCAAACCCUAACUCCAUUUCCACCGGAACCCUAAAUCUCUCUUUAAAUGUCACCAGAUUCGGCAUUUCAAGUUUCAGCAUUUGGUUUCAUGUCAUUCUAAUUAAGGCAGCCAGCAUUAUUAAUUUUACAAGGCAGAAGAAAACCCUAACGCCGACGGGAGCAGAGCCGAGCAGUUAGAAACCGGUUUCUCUCAACAAACUUUCAAUCCGAUGCGCCACUGCUCUGGCUCUGCAUGCAUUUCAGAUCUGUUCUUUUUUGUUUUAAAUCUUUGAUUCACUCCGUCUGGACCGUUAAGUAACAGAGGUGGCUUAGGCAUUUUCAUUGAUGGAGAAUAAUAGCAGUAGCAGUGGGGGGCAGCGUUUUCGCAGAAUACCUCGUCAACCGCUUGCUCGUUUGAAGUUAGACCCAUUGCUUGAUGAAAAUCUGGAUCAGUGGCCUCAUCUGAAUGAACUUGUUGAAUGCUAUAGAACUGACUGGGUGAAGGAUGAAAACAAAUAUGGUCACUUUGAAAGCAUUGCUCCGGUUUCUUUCCAAAACCAGAUUUUUGAAGGCCCUGAUACCGAUAUUGAGACUGAAAUGCAGCUUGCCAAUUCAAGGCGAACUAAGGCUGACAAUAUUACUGAUGAUGACAUCCCGAGCACUUCUGGGAGGCAAUUUGUAGAGGCUACCUCUGACUUGUCACAGUCACAUGUUUCAAAGCAUUUUGGCCAUUCUCCUCUGCCUGCAUAUGAACCAGUUUUUGAUUGGGAAAAUGAGAGGUCGAUGAUAUUUGGCCAACGGACUCUAGAAACUGCAAUGGCACCAUUUGGCAGGGGAUUGAAGAUCUCUGUGAAAGUGCAGUCACUUUCAUUCCAAGCAGGACUUGUUGAACCAUUUUAUGGUACUAUUUGCAUAUAUAAUAAGGAGAGAAGAGAAAAGCUAUCAGAGGAUUUUUAUUUUUCAGUGCUGCCGACAGAUGCGCAAGAUGAAAAAAUUUCACGUGAACCUCAUGGAAUUUUUUAUUUAGAUGCUCCAUCAGCAUCAGUUUGCCUGUUAAUCCAGUUAGAGAAGCCUGCUACAGAAGAAGGCGGUGUUACUCCUUCUGUUUAUUCACGUAAAGAACCUGUACAUUUGAGUGAGAGAGAGAAGCAGAAAUUGCAGGUGUGGUCUCGAAUUAUGCCUUAUAGACAGUCCUUUGCCUGGGCUAUAGUUCCAUUAUUUGAUAACAGCGCUGGUUUAACUUCUGGAGGACCUGCUUCGCCAAGCAGCCCACUUGCUCCAAGUAUAUCUGGCUCAAGUUCCCAUGAGGGUGUUUUUGAGCCUAUCACCAAUAUCACACUGGAUGGGAAGUUGGGCUAUUCAAAUGGAAGCUCUGUUAUGGUGGAAAUUUCAAACUUAAAUAAAGUUAAAGAAAGCUACAUGGAGGACUCCCUUCAGGAUCCUAAACGCAAGGCUCAUAAACCCGUCAAAGGUGUUCUAAGACUAGAAAUUGAGAAGCACCAAACAGGCCAUGCAGACUUGGAAAACCUGUCAGAAAGUGGAAGCAUGUCCAAUGAGUCAAUUGAUCCAGGAGACAGGGUUAAUGAUUCCACAUUCACAAAAUCCCCUAGCAAUGGUUCCAACUGGCCUCAGAUUGGUAGCUCCAAGCAGAAUAUGUUUGAUGGGAAAGAAAGUAUUAUGACUAGUCCAAGUGGUCAUGGAAAUUCUGAGCUUACUGCUGAUUAUUUCCAAGCUUUUGACUUCCGGACAACAAUGCGAAAUGAGCCUUUCUUGCAGCUUUUCCACUGCUUAUAUGUUUAUCCUUUAACCAUUACUUUAAGCCGAAAGAGGAAUUUGUUCAUCCGAGUGGAACUAAGAAAGGAUGACGCUGAUAUUCGUAGACAGCCUUUAGAGGCAAUGUAUCGAAGGGAGCCAGGAGCAUCACUCCAAACGUGCACUCACACACAGGUCGCUGUUGGCGCUAGAGUGGCUUGCUUCCAUGAUGAGAUUAAAGUAUCACUUCCUGCUGUAUGGACGUCUUUUCAUCAUCUCUUGUUCACUUUCUUCCAUGUUGAUCUUCAGACAAAAUUGGAAGCUCCAAAGCCAGUGAUAAUUGGAUAUGCAGCACUUCCACUAUCUACACACGAUCAGUGGAGAUCUGAAAUUUCUUUACCAAUCAUGAAAGAGCUGGUUCCACAUUAUCUCCAAGAUAUUGGCAAGGAGAGGCUGGAUUAUCUAGAGGAUGGAAAAAAUGUUUUUAGAUUGCGCUUGCGACUUUGUUCGUCCUUGUAUCCAAUUAAUGAGCGCAUUAGAGAUUUUUUCCUUGAAUAUGAUAGGCACACCCUUCGAACUAGUCCUCCUUGGGGAUCAGAACUUCUUGAGGCAAUUAACAGUUUGAAGAAUGUCGAUUCCACUGCGUUGCUUCAUUUUCUUCACCCUAUUUUGAAUAUGCUUCUCCAUCUUAUUGGUAGUGGUGGAGAAACUCUACAGGUUGCAGCCUUCAGAGCUAUGGUCAAUAUCUUAACUAGGGUGCAGCAGGAAUCCGUUGAUGAUGCUGAGCGAAAUCGUUUCCUUGUUAACUACGUCGAUUAUGCUUUUGAUGACUUUGGUGGUCGUCAACCUCCAGUAUAUCCUGGUUUAUCUACUGUGUGGGGAAGCUUGGCUCGCAGUAAGGCUAAAGGCUAUCGUGUUGGGCCUGUAUAUGAUGAUGUUUUGGCAAUGGCUUGGUUUUUCCUUGAGUUAAUUGUCAAGUCAUUGGCAUUAGAACAAACUCGUCUAUUCUAUCACAGUCUUCCACUAGGUGAAGAUGUUCCACCAAUGCUAUUAAAAGAAGGUGUUUUCAGAUGCAUUAUGCAAUUGUAUGAUUGCCUCCUAACAGAAGUCCAUGAGCGUUGUAAGAAAGGCUCAAGCUUGGCAAAACACUUGAAUAGCAGUUUGGCCUUCUUCUGUUAUGAUCUUCUGUCAAUUGUUGAACCUCGCCAAGUGUUUGAAUUGGUAUCCUUGUACCUGGACAAAUUUUCUGGAGUAUGUCAAUCAGUUUUGCAUGACUGCAAGCUUACCUUUCUGCAAAUUGUAUGCGAUCAUGAUCUUUUUGUGGAAAUGCCUGGGAGAGAUCCCUCAGAUAGAAACUACCUCUCGUCCAUUUUGAUACAAGAGCUUUUCAUUACAUGGGAUCAUGAUGAUCUAUCUCAACGAUCAAAGGCAGCUAGAAUGUUGGUAGUUCUUCUAUGCAAGCAUGAGUUUGAUGCUCGGUACCAAAAGCCUGAAGAUAAAUUAUAUAUUGCCCAGCUAUAUUUUCCUCUUAUUGGCCAGAUUCUAGAUGAGAUGCCCGUGUUCUAUAACCUUAAUGCUGUUGAAAAGCGUGAAGUGUUGAUUGUUAUUCUACAAAUUGUGCGCAACCUGGAUGACACAUCACUUGUUAAGGUGUGGCAACAAAGCAUUGCUCGUACUAGAUUGUUCUUCAAACUGAUGGAGGAGUGUCUUGUUCUUUUUGAGCACAGAAAAUCUGCUGAUGGCAUGCUCAUGGGUUCUAGUUCUCGCAGCCCCAUCACAGAUGCACCUUCUUCUCCUAAGUACUCUGAAAGGCUCUCUCCUGCAAUUAAUAACUAUUUGUCUGAAGCAUCACGACAAGAAGUCAGAACUCAGGGAACACCUGAUAACGGAUAUCUGUGGCAGAGAGUAAACUCCCAGUUAAGCUCCCCUAGCCAGCCAUAUUCCUUGAGAGAAGCUCUUGCUCAGGCACAAUCUUCAAGAAUUGGAGCUUCAUCCCAAGCACUUAGAGAAUCAUUGCAUCCAGUAUUGAGACAAAAACUGGAGCUUUGGGAAGAAAACUUGAGUGCUGCUGUGAGUCGUCAGGUGCUGGAAAUUACUGAAAAGUUUUCUGUAAUGGCAGCGUCACAAAGCAUUGCUACUGACUAUGGAAAACUUGACUGCAUCACCGCAAUUUUCAUGAGCUUAUUCUCUCGAAAUCAAGCCCUUGCUUUCUGGAAAGUGCUGCUUCCUGUUUUCUACAAUGUCUUUAAUCUUCAUGGGGCAACAUUAAUGGCAAGAGAGAAUGAUCGAUUUCUAAAGCAGGCUGCUUUUCAUCUUCUUCGCCUUGCUGUUUUUAGAAAUGAAAGUAUCAGGAGAAGAGCUGUGGUUGGUCUCCAGAUACUUGUGAGGAGCUCUUUCCAUUAUUUUAUGCAAACAGCAAGGUUGCAGGUCAUGCUGACUAUCACAUUAUCAGAGUUGAUGUCUGAUGUGCAAGUGGCUCAAAUGCGAUCAGAUGGAACACUGGAAGAGAGUGGAGAAACACGGCGUCUGCGCAGCUCUUUGGAGGCAAUGGCAGAUGAGUCUAAGAAUACUAGCCUAUUGAAGGAAUGUGGACUACCUGAAGAUGCAUGGGUGGCAAGUUUUGAUAAUUUAUCAGAAAAUCGGUGGUCUUGGUCAGAUGUGAAAUCUCUCUCUGAUAAGCUAAUCCUGGCCCUUGAUGCUAGUCUGGAGCAUGCACUUUUGUCUUCUGCAAUGACUCUUGAUAGAUAUGCAGCUGCUGAGAGUUACUAUAAACUUGCAAUGGCAUUUGCUCCUGUACCUGAUCUUCACAUAAUGUGGUUGUUGCAUUUAUGUGAUGCUCAUCAGGAAAUGCAAUCCUGGGCUGAAGCUGCUCAGUGUGCUGUAGCUGUUGCCGGUGUUGUAAUGCAGGCCCUUGUUGCUAGAAAAGAUGGUGUUUGGAGCAAAGAUCACGUGACUGCUCUCCGUAAAAUUUGCCCAAUGGUCAGCAGUGAGAUCUCUUCUGAGGCAUCAGCAGCAGAGGUGGAGGGCUAUGGUGCAUCAAAACUCACCGUUGAUUCAGCUGUUAAAUAUCUACAGCUUGCAAAUAAACUUUUUUCUCAAGCUGAGCUCUUCCAUUUCUGCGCAAGCAUUUUGGAACUUGUAAUUCCCGUUUACAAAAGCAGGAGAGCAUAUGGACAGCUGGCUAAAUGUCAUACAUUGCUCACUAGUAUCUAUGAAUCAAUUCUUGAACAGGAGUCGAGCCCAAUUCCGUUCACUGAUGCCACAUACUAUAGAGUGGGGUUUUAUGGUGAAAGAUUUGGGAAGCUGAAUAGGAAAGAAUAUGUAUACCGAGAACCCCGCGAUGUACGGCUAGGUGACAUAAUGGAGAAAUUAAGUCAUAUUUACGAGUCUCGGAUGGAUGGCAAUCAUACUUUACACAUCAUACCUGAUUCUCGACAAGUGAAGGCAGAUGAACUGCAGCCUGGAGUCUGCUACCUCCAGAUAACUGCCGUUGAUGCGGUAAUGGAAGAUGAAGAUUUAGGAAGUAGACGGGAAAGAAUUUUCUCUCUUUCUACAGGAAGUGUUCGUGCACGAGUCUUUGACCGCUUCUUAUUUGACACCCCUUUUACGAAAAAUGGUAAAACCCAAGGAGGUCUGGAAGACCAAUGGAAGAGGCGAACUGUUCUUCAGACAGAAGGUUCUUUUCCCGCGCUUGUUAAUAGACUUUUAGUGAUUAAAUCUGAAUCUCUCGAGUUCUCCCCAGUGGAGAAUGCAAUUGGGAUGAUUGAAACUCGGACAGCUGCAUUACGAAAUGAGCUCGAGGAGCCUCGUAGCUCUGAAGGGGAUCAACUCCCACGUCUCCAGAGUUUGCAGAGGAUUCUUCAGGGUAGUGUGGCAGUUCAAGUAAACAGUGGAGUGUUGAGUGUUUGCACAGCCUUCCUGUCUGGUGAGCCAGCAACAAGGUUACGAUCACAAGAAUUGCAACAGCUCAUUGCUGCGCUCUUAGAAUUCAUGGCUGUUUGCAAGCGUGCUAUUCGUGUACACGGUAGAUUGAUUGGGGAGGAGGACCAAGAUUUUCACACACAACUUGUGAAUGGAUUUCAGUCUCUCACAGCUGAAUUAUCCCAUUACAUCCCCGCCAUUCUUUCAGAGCUCUGAUGACAUUCAUCACUCACCUCUAAUUUAGUUUCUUAAUGUGUUUAAUGUUAGAUGCACUAGAAUUCCCCUUAAUUUUGUGAAUAUUUGUGUAUGUAAUGUACGUGUUAAGCCAAUCAUGUACCUUGUUCAAAUUUUA